AUGGUUAACUUUUUAAUACUUCUUAUCUUUAGCAAAAUCAUAUUGUCAGCCCUCGUUGAAUAUGAAGGUAUUUAAUUUAAUCAUAACAUUAGGGAAUGAUCAAAAAUGGAAAGAAAUUAGUCCAUCUUAAAUUACACUUGACCCUCCUGCUUUAACAUUAAUUAAUUCUCCAUCACCUAUUUAAUCCAAUUGUCCACUAAUAUACUAAUCAAGUGCUAAAACCUUAAAUUUUAAAAUCAAUAUCAAUUAAGGUUACAUAAAAAUAAACUAUGUUUUUGAACUCCAUUUAUAAACAUCUUCUGGUACUUUUACAUUUAGUGCUAAUACUGUAAUUCUAGAAAAAAAAGAUUUUAUAAUUGAUGCUAGUGCACUUAAAUACAUUUGUUUAACAUCAAAAGAUUAUUAAGUUAAUAUGAAUAUUCAACAAAUACCAACUACAGAUUCUAAUUUAGUUAACUUUAAAAUGGAGUAUACACAUAUUGCUACAUAUUAUGUUACCAAUUUUAAAGUAUUUAUUUAAAUUUGUGAUGAUUAUUGUGAACACUGUGAUAUUUAAUUCUAAACAUGUCUAACUUGUAAAGUUAAUUUUGUCUUAGAAUUAAAUAAAUGUGUUUGUAAAUUAACUUUAAAUGGUGGAACAUGUUAAAAUAUACCUAUGGGUGGACUUCACUUUUACUAAUCAGAUUUUUAACCUUACAUAUCAAAAACUUAAGUUUUUUCAGAUGUAAAUGGUUAAUCUUAUGAAUUCUUUGCAGAUUAUAAUACAACUUUCAGAAGUAAAUAAAUUAAAAUAGAUGGAAUUAAUAUUGGAGGUUCAUUUAUUCAAAAUGAAUAUAUACAAUUUAACAUUAAUCAAGUGAUUACAACUCCAAGUGAUUUUACAAUAGAAUUUGUAAUUUACUGGUUAGGACCUCUAGAAUUGUUCAGUAAUAUUGAAGUGAAUGUAGAUGGACUUACUUUAGGAAGAAUAAUGAAUUUCGGAACUGUUGAUCUCAUUCAAUUUGUUUAAGGUAGUAUUUAUAAUAGACAAAUAUGCACAGUAAAUGGUUAUUCAUCAUGCUAUAGAUUUAAUCAUAUAAUAAAUUUAUUUUAAGUGGAUCAUUUAAAUACAAUACAAUUAAAAGGUCAUAUGAAUAUAACAAAUUCUAAAUCAGCAUGGGCAUUUAGUGAUUUUAAAAUUUCUAAGAUUUUUUGGUAAACAACAACUUGCACUAAUUUUUUAUAUAAUAAUGAAUGCAAAUUCACUUAAUGUCCAUCAUAUGCACCAUUAGUUGGUGUAAAUACUUGUAAAGAUUUACUAGAAACAUAUAAGUUUUCUUAAUAUUUAGUUAAACUAUUCUAUGAUUAUGGAAGUACAUUUUUUUAUAAUGCAUCUUCUCCAUUCCAAAAAGGUUUUAAUUCAAAUAUUCCUUAAAUCUAUAAAGAGAAGUUUAUAUUUGGAGGAUAUUAAGUUUGGUAAACGGAUUAUUUUGAAAUGGUUUUAUAAUGCAACCCACAUUAUAAAGCCAGAUUAUUUGUGAAAUUGUUACUUAUUGACUUUGGUAUUAAUAAUUAAAACAAUGCGAAUGUUUAUUUCGAUUCAAUUUAUAAAUUAUAUAAUUGGUAAAAUUCAGUAUAAGUUCCUGGUAUUGAUGAAAAAGGAGAUAUAUUAAUUCAAGAUUACUUAGUAACAAUAAGUACAACAGAUUUUGAAGUUAAUCAUAAUGAUUAAGAAUUAUUAGUUUCAUUUAAUUGUAAUGCAUUUAAUAGUGGAUAUUGUGCAUUGUAUGAUUUCUUUGUACUAAUAGCUCUCUGUCCCAUAAAUUGUUUAAGAUGUUCUGAUAGUUCAACUUGUUUAGAAAUGAAGUAAGAUUGGCCAAUAUUACCGAUAUAUUAUGAUUGUCCAUAUGGUAAGUUUUUGAAAUAAGCAUAAUGUAGGGAUUGUAUUAAAGGUUGUAAGGUAUGUAGUAAUAGCAAUACAUGUGAUUAAUGUUUUGAUGAUUACAUAUAUUACAACAAAUAAUGUUUUUGUAAUAUUAAUGGAUUGUCAUCUGGAGAAUGUUCAUAUAAUUGUCAUCCGAUGUGUUAAACAUGCACAUAUAAUAUAUCUGAAGAUAGAAAAUACGAUUUAAGAACAUUUAAUAGAAAGUGGAGUGGUUCAUUAUCAUGUUUUACUUGCGAUUCCAGUAAAGGUAAAGUGAUGAAUAUGGAAUCCUGUGAAUGUAAAGAAGGAUUUUAUUUAAAUGAGAAAUAUGAAUGUUUACUAUGUCAUGGAACAUGCAAAAAUUGUUUACUUUCAGGAUAAUAUUGUACAGAAUGUUAUGUAGAAUAAAAUAGAAUAUUAGAGUCUUAGAAAUGUAAAUGCUAAUAAGGUUAUUUUGAAUUAAGUUAAUCAUAUACUUGUAUUAAAUGUGCAGAUCAAUGUAAAACUUGUGAAUUUUUUGAAACAUAUUGCACAAGCUGUUUUGUAUCUUAAAAGAGAAGUUUGAAAAAGAAUGUUUGUGUUUGUUAAUUAGGUCAUUAUUAAUAGAAUGAUAAUAUAAUUUGUUAAGAAUGUGAUGGGCAUUGUGAAUAUUGUUCAGAUUAUGCUUUAUGCACAUCUUGUUAUGAUAUUUAAUAUAGAUAGUUAUAAGUUGAUAAAUGUAUUUGUUAGAGUGGAUAUUAUGAAGGUGUAAGUUUGGUUUGUCAAAAAUGUUUUUAGAGUUGUGCUGAGUGUAAUAAUUCAAAUGAAUUCAAUAAAUGUUCUAAAUGUCCAAAGAGUAGGAUUAGAUCUAAUGUAUAUUUAAAUGAAUUUGAGUGUUUAUGUAAAGUUGGUUAUUAUGAGAAUAAUGAAUUAGAAUGUAUAGAUUGUAGUACAUAUGUAUAUCCUCCAAAAACUCAUUAUUGUUAUUCAUAAUGCGGUGAUUCUAUAAUUUAAUGGAAUGAAUAAUGUGAUGAUGGUAAUUUAGAAGCUAGAGAUGGUUGUAAUUAAUGUUAAUUAUCAAAUAAUAAAUGUAUUAAUGAGAUUUGUUUAAAAUGUUUAUUAGGAGAUUGUUAAUAAUGUAUAGAUGGAUAUUAUUUGGAUAAUGAUUUUAGUUGUAAAAUAUGUUCUGCUCAUUGUAAAACAUGCAUAUAAUCUGAGAAUAAAUGUGUAGAAUGUAAAUUUUAGACAGAUAAGAAAGAAUGUAUAACUUGUAUUGCUUCUGCUGGAUAUACAAUAAUUGAUAAUGAAUGUGUUACUAUAUGUGGAGAUGGAAUAAGAACAACUUAAGAAUAAUGUGACGAUGGUAAUAGUGAUAAUGGAGAUGGAUGUUCAUCUUAUUGUACAGUUGAAGAUGGUUAUAUAUGCAAUUAAAUAUGUAUAAAAAUAGAUUAUGUUGAUAUCAUAUUGACCCCAUCUAAAUUUGAUUAAAUUUAUUCUUCUUCUAGAAUUAUUUAAUUAACUUUUGAUCAACCUGUUAAUAUUACUAAAACACCAUUAAAAGAUUCUAUUACUCUAAUUACUCCUAUUUAAAACUGCUUAUUUGUACUUGAUGAAAUUAAAGAUACUACAUCUUACAUAGAAGAAUUUAAUUUAGUAAGUAUUUCAAUACAAAUCCAUCUUAAUUAAACUCAUAAUACGCCUCAAAUUACAGUUAUUAUUAAAAAUGAUACUGAUGUAAUAUCUAAGGAUAAUUUCUCCUUUAAAUCUAGAAAUUAAACUAUUACAUUAUUAUAAUAUUAAUCUCCAAGUGAUUCUGAAAUUAGUAGCACAGAAAAUCUUAUUAAAUUUAACUCAUAUAUUUUAUAUUUGUUAAUUGGUUUUGCCAUAUUAGCCUUUUUAUUUGGAGGAUUAGAUAUCUUUUGGAAUCUUUUAGAUACUUUAUAAAUAUUAUCAUAUCUUAAAUAUUUAAAUGUAGCAUAUCCAUAUAAUCUAGAUGCUUAUUUUCAAUUAUUUGGAUUUGCUGAAUUUGAUUUCCUUAAAUCUAAUUUUAGUAUUGAAGAUCUCUUAUCUUCAUCUAUUGAAGUAUAAGAUCCUGCACUCAAAUUUAAAUAAGAAGGAUAUACAUCUGUUUUUUUAAUCAAUAUUAUUUCUAUUUUUAUUGUAAUUGCUACAACUAUUGCAACAUAUAUAUUGUUUCAUAUCAUCUUUUAUUGCAUUUAUCAUUAUGCCAAUUCAAUUACUACAUAAUAAUAAUCAAUUCAUAACAAUUAAUCUUCUGAUGAACCAAAUGUUAUUCUAUUCUUGUGUUUUAAAUUAACUAGAAAUAUGCAGAAAUAUUUCUACAAUCUUAAAAUUUAAUAUAAGACUGCUAUUUUACGUACUUUUUUAACUAUUUCUUAUGAUUUGAAUUUAGCUAUCUUUUUAUAACUUAUUGCUUAUACUACUACUUCAUUAAUACUUGGAUUAAGUAGUCUUUUAGCACUUUUAUUCCUUCUUUUAUAAGCCUUUUUCAUAUAUUUUGCUAUUAUAAUUAUGAGCAAUAAACCAUUUUAUUUUUAAUUAACAGAAGCAUAAUUAAAAUAUGGUGCUUUAUAUGAAGGAAUUGUAUUAGACAGAAAUCCUUUUAGUCUCUAUUAUAAUAUUAUACUUUUUACAAAAAAACUAUUAUUUAUGUUUUGUUUAGUUUUCAUGUACGAUUACCCUUUAUUUCAAAUAGGAUUUGUAUCUUUAUUAAAUGCUUCAUUCUUUAGUUACAUAAUAUAUAAUAAACCAUUUAUUGAUAAAUCAGAAUAUUAUAAAUAAAUAAUAACUGAAAUUCUAUUAUGGUUAGCCUUAUUGUUUAUAUUACUAAUUGGUUUUGCAUAGUAAAGUGAUUCAUUUACAUAUUAAACUUAUAUAAAAAUAGCCUGGAUUAUUAUUACAAUACUAACACUCUUAAUUUUUAUAUAAUUGAUUAUUGAUAUAAGAUAACAUAUAAUAUUUCUAUUAGAAAAAUAUGAGAUUCUUAGAAUCUUAGUAAACAAAAUUAAAUCAUUGCAUAUAGCUAUUUUUUCAAGAUAAUAAUCUAUUAGUCAUGAUGAAUCUUAAAGUCUUGUUGGUUCUAGUAGUAGAGCUAGAUUAAAACAUAAUAACAGCAAAAAUACAUUAAAUCAUCAAAUUUCAUAAAAAUAAGUCAGAAAAUUGGUUACUUUUAGAAUAAAUGAUUCAAUUUUUUGA